AAGAUACGGCGCCGACGUCAUUCUGGACGCUCGCGUCAGACUCAACACUCGUAACACAAUGGCUUCCUUUGCCGAGGCCCCCGCGGGCGACGCCGAAAAAGGCGCCAAGAUUUUCAAGACCAAGUGCGCGCAGUGCCACGUGGCCGAGUCCGGCGGCGGUCACAAGCAGGGCCCCAACCUCGGCGGUCUCUUCGGUCGCGUUUCCGGCACCACCGAGGGCUUCGCCUACUCCGCCGCCAACAAGAACAAGGGCGUGAAGUGGGGCGAGGAGACCCUCUACGACUACCUCCUCAACCCCAAGAAGUACAUCCCGGGCACCAAGAUGGUCUUCGCGGGCCUCAAGAAGCCCCAGGACCGCGCGGAUCUCAUCGCGUACCUCAAGGCUGCGUGCAAGUAAGCAUAUGCACGCGUGGACGAGGGGGCUCGGUCGCUGAGCGUCACAUUAGGCACGAGGCGGUGAGCUCCCUCUGCGGGGGGCGGUUGAUUUUUUGGUGGUUAAAAUUCUGUUUGUACUUCUUCUGUUUGGGCGACGACGCACGGGAGCGGGUGAGCUGCUCGCGCGUGGGCUCGCGUCGCGGGACGAACGGAACGCGGGCGACGACGUUGUAGGCAACCGCGCGGGACGGUCGUGAUAUUAUAACAUCUCAUUUUUCACAC